CGUGACCAUCUUCUAUCCUCUUUGACUAGGCUAACAAGGUCACAACUAGGCUCUUGAGGCCUCAGUCAGAGACUUGAAGGUUUUUCACCAGGCCUGUGAAGUCUUAAUGAUGUUUACUUGGGUAUCUAUGGAGGCCUUCAGAGCUUUUAAGAGGCAUUUUGGCACUGCUUGAAGGGUUUCAUCUGUAAUUGAUCCCUUCCCUUGGCUUAUCGAACAUCAAUAAGGGUCCAUCAGUUAUUGAAUUUUAUUUGUCAGAGUGGGAUGUCUAGUGUUUAUCAUGAUAGGGAUUGGAUUUAAUUUUCAGGUUUGUGUUCUUAUAUGGUGUCGAAAUAGGUUCUUGGAUAGCAGUUGCUGAGGUAGUGAUUAUGAUGGUAUGCUGAUUUCGUGAUGGGGGUGAUAACAAUAAUAGUUUUGCAGUUCUUGAAGGUGGAAAUGGUGGCAAGGGAACAAUGGGUUGCUGCUGGUGGUGAAGGUGGAUUCUCAAAGUUGUUUUUAGUAAUCGAAAUUGCAGGAUUCUGAGUUACAGCAUCCUUUGCAGUGAGAAUUUGAUGCGUCUGUGACGAUGUUUUCAGUAUUGUCAACAUUGGUGGACGGAUGGAGGCCUUAGUGAGUUAGUACUAAAGGUGGUUAUAUUUAUGUCUUUUGCAAAUAAAGAAAAAAGGUCUUAGUUAUCAAAAUUAUGGUAUUUUCUCUCUCUUUAAUAUGCUUAGUUAGAUUGAGUGCUGUGUCGUGUAAAUCCUAUGUUGUGCUUGCCUUUUUGAGUGUGACAAAAGGAAAGUCUUUCAAGCAACUUGUAUUAUCAUCUCCAUUAACACGAGGACACUUUUAUGGAAGGAGACCGCCGUACUUGGAUUUUCUCUCCUUGUGUCUAGGAUGUAAAUACAAUUAUCAGGCUCCUAAAAUGUUUGGGGGACCCUCACAUUAGAUCUAGAGAUCCCAGCUGGCAUCAUGACCAUUACCAUGGUAGUGACAUUGGACAAUCCUAUGGGGGAUCAAAAGCAAGCUUACGGCUUGGACCAUACCUGACUAGUGAUUUGGUUAUGUGAUUUUUCCGAAGUCCCCUGGGUCUUACUCUGGAUUUCUUUUCAUUUCUCUGGAGUAGAUAUGAAGUAUUGUUUCGUGGUCUCCAUUGGGGUGGAUGUUUCAGCAUCUGCUGUAUCUAUCAAAGAAUGUUAAAAAGUUGUUGCAACAUCUGCUGUAACUCUUGUGGUGGAAAAUGAGCCCUUCGAAUUUUGAUCUAUUUCCUUGAUCUGUGUCAAGCUAUGAAUUACAUAAUUUCGUUUGUUGCUCAUGAAUUAUUGCUAUAUGUCAAUGGGACUCCGGUGUUAGUUUUCAUGUUUUACCCAUCUGCUUGUUCUAACCCUUACAUGGUGAAUAUCAUUCUGGCUGGCUAUGACAAGGAGAUAGGUCCUUCUCUAUACUUUCUGGACUAUAUUGCUACCCUUCACAAGGUUGACAAAGCAGCCUUUGGUUAUGGCUCCUAUUUCUCACUUUCCAUGAUGGAUAGACACUACCGCAGUGACAUGUCGUUGGAAGAAGCCAUUGAUUUGGUUGACAAGUGCAUAAUAGAGAUCCGAUCCAGGCUGGUUGUGGCCCCUCCAAAUUUCGUUAUCAAAAUCGUUGACAAGGAUGGAGCGAGGGAGUAUGCAUGGCGUGAAUCUAUUAAGGAUGUUUCUAUACCUGCAGCCUGA